AUGUCUACCGCCAACGAUAACGCCUCCUCGCCGCUCGCGGGCGACGGGGUGAGCAAGCGCAAACAGGGCUCGGCUGCUUGCGUUCAUUGUCAUCGGCGCAAGGUUCGCUGUGAUGCCCGUGUCGUCGGAUUACCUUGUACAAACUGUCGCACCUCUGGAAAGGCCGACUGUCGCAUUCAUGAGAAGAAAAAGCGUCUUGCGGUGCGGUCGAUCCUCGAUCCCGUUCCGAUCCGAUCUCGGCCUCUGCCGACUUCAGAACAUGUCGCCAACCCGCCGACGACAGCGGGGACACCAAUGCCGCCUAGUUUUCCUACUGCUUUCCCAAGUGGACCUGGAGCUAUAUCCAUAGCGAGCAAUCAACAACAUGAACAUCAACCAAAUUCCGGGCCCGACACAUUCGGGCCGCACGACUUAUCGCACGCCCACGAAGCCCACACGGAGAUGGAGCAGCACCUCGUGAAACUCAUCGAUGAGGAAGAAUCCGGCCGACGAGAGAUCCAGAGAGGUGUACGCGCAUUCUACGUUGGUCAUGAACACUCCAAUAUGUCGUUCUUGAUCCGCCAGCAACGAGAUCGGGACGACAAUGUAUACCACUUCGCUAGCAACGAGAUCCCACGGCGACAAAUGAAGACUGGUCAUGACCAGUUACUGAUGGAUGCGCUUACACUACCCGAGCCCGCGCUAGCGGAUGAGCUAGUGCAGGCAUACUUCACCUACGUUAAUCCGGGGUACCCAAUCGUCGACGAGGACUUGUUUAUGACGCAGUACAGGAAUCGGGACCCUGCAGACCCUCCGCCAAUCUUGUUGCUCCAAGCGAUUCUCCUAGUUGGCACGCACGUGUCUCGUCCAAAGGCAGAGCGGGAUACGUUGAAAGAGAUCUUCUUCCGCCGUACGAAAUAUCUCUUUGACAAUCGCAUCGAGCGGAAUCGAGAUAUCCUCGUUCAAGCAGCAUUACUCUUGACUUGGCACUCGGACAGCGCCGACGAUGAUGUUGCCGCAGAUGCUCACUUCUGGGUCGGCGUGGCUGCACGAAUUGCCACCGGGCUUGGAAUGCAUCGAAAUCCAGUAUCCAGCAGCUUUGUUACCCGCGAUCGACGAAUGUGGAGACGAGUCUGGUUCAUCAUGGUUCAAUUUGACGUGAUGGUCUCUCUGUCAUACGGUCGCCCUCAAGCCAUAAAUCUGGACGAUUCAGACGUCUCGCCAUUAACACUGGCCGAUUUCGAAAACUGCGGACCUCGGGUGCAAUCCGACUUUGUGAUUCAUUUCACUGAGCUUUGCACUAUGAUCUCAUAUUUGAUCAGAGAUCGGUUUGGACUUCGUGCCACAGAUGAAAGGCGAAAGGCGGUUCUCCAAGAAGCUGAUGAGUCACUCGCCAAUUGGUCUCUCAAGCUUCCCGAUAAUCUGCGCCUUCGAGCAUCCGACAUGGACCCGUGGUCAACUAUGCUUCACUUGACUUAUAACAAUUUCCUUAUCCUGUUGCAUCGUCCGCAUCCAAGAGCAUCAGCAUAUUCGGAUGAUUACGGUCCACACGAUGCGGAGAUUUGCAGUGCUGCUGCUGGAGUCAUUGCAUCUAUCUUUGAAGAGCUGAGGCUUAAUGAUCGCCUGAAGUUCCUCUGGUACACCGGCGUUCACACUCUGUUCACGGCCAUGAUUCAAGUCCGGGUGGAGCUCCGAUUUUCCAAUCCAGUCCUUGCGAUCAACGCUCUACGGCGCUUCGAUUCGGCGUCCUAUUCUCUGCGCGAGCUGGCCGCAUAUUGGGUCCACGCAGGCACAAUCCUACGUCUCUUCGAGGACUCCAAGCGUCUCCAAGAGGACCUCCGUUUGGCAACCACUGGCGGACACAAGCCAUACGCUGCCCCGCAGCCCCAACCCCCGCCUCCACCUCCCAUCAAGGCUUUGCAAGUCACGUCUCCCGCCCCUCCAACAACGAUGCACACCCCACGGCCAAUGUCCUAUGGCGUCCCUACCCCCGACUCCACGCUUUCGCACCAGACUACCAUGUCGCCGCAGGCAAACCCAGGCUUCGAGAACUGGAUCACAGCACCGCUCAGACUCAACGUGGGCCCCUUGGAACGCAACGACCCCUAUUCGACCGCCAUGCAGGUCGACCAGAUAGAUCAAUCUCGGGACUACCCAGACUGGCGCCAGCUCUUCUCCUUCACGGACUCCGAUCUACCCGUCCCCAUGGCGAUGGAAGGUCUCAUGGAACUAGAGGACGAAUGGCGCCAGAUCUAUUGGCAAGAUACACCCAUGACAGAUCUCAUGCAAGAUGGCGGCUGGAUCCCCGGUGGCUAG